GUCUCUGGUGCCCGAGUCUCCUCCGCGGCUUCCCAUCCCUUCUGCCCGCUCGGAGUGUGUGCAUGAGUGGGAGCGCUGGGCUGUGCGCGCACGGCUCUCUGCCUCCCUCGCGCCCAGCCACGGCGCCUCCUCCCACUCUGCCUUCUCCCGCUCACUGUGCCCCUGCCCGGACUCGCACCUCGCCGGUGCCCUUCACUCGCUCUUCCGCGUGAUUUCCCCGCCGCCUUUCUCUACCAACUGGGAAUGCUAAAACGGGACUGAUGGACGUGUCAGAACUCUGCAUCCCGGACCCCCUCGGCUACCACAACCAAUGGGAGGAUUUGAGAGCUGCCAGCCACACAGACUGUUCAGGGUGCACACCAGGUCCUGCAGGGCCAGCUGGGCCAUGUGACCUGGUUCACACUCAGCCUGAAGCCUUCAUUGCUGCUGAACAGAAUGUCCGCUGACGACCGGCACCUGGGCUCCAGCUGUGGCUCCUUCAUCAAGACAGAGCCGUCCAGCCCGUCCUCAGGCAUCGAUGCCCUCAGCCACCACAGCCCCAGCGGCUCGUCCGACGCCAGCGGCGGCUUUGGCCUGGCCCUGGGCGCCCAUGCCAACGGUCUGGACUCGCCGCCCAUGUUCGCCGGCGCCGGGCUGGGAGGCACCCCAUGUCGCAAGGGCUACGAGGACUGUGCCAGCGGCAUCAUGGAGGAUUCGGCCAUCAAGUGCGAGUACAUGCUCAACGCCAUCCCCAAGCGCCUGUGUCUCGUGUGCGGGGACAUCGCCUCCGGCUACCACUACGGCGUGGCCUCCUGCGAGGCAUGCAAGGCUUUCUUCAAAAGGACCAUCCAAGGGAACAUUGAAUACAGCUGCCCGGCCACCAACGAGUGUGAAAUCACGAAACGGAGGCGCAAGUCCUGCCAGGCCUGCCGCUUCAUGAAAUGCCUCAAAGUGGGGAUGCUGAAGGAAGGUGUGCGCCUUGACCGAGUACGUGGAGGCCGCCAGAAAUACAAGCGACGGCUGGACUCAGAAAGCAGCCCGUACCUGAGCUUGCAGAUUUCUCCUCCUGCUAAAAAGCCCUUGACUAAAAUUGUCUCCUACCUGCUGGUGGCUGAGCCGGACAAACUCUACGCCAUGCCCCCCCCCGGCAUGCCAGAGGGUGACAUCAAGGCUCUGACCACUCUCUGUGACCUGGCGGACAGGGAGCUCGUGGUCAUCAUUGGCUGGGCCAAGCACAUCCCAGGCUUCUCCAGCCUCUCUCUGGGGGACCAGAUGAGCCUGUUGCAGAGCGCCUGGAUGGAGAUCCUCAUCCUGGGCAUCGUGUUCCGCUCGCUGCCCUACGACGACAAGCUGGUGUAUGCCGAGGACUACAUCAUGGACGAGGAGCACUCCCGCCUGGCGGGGCUGCUGGAGCUCUACCGGGCCAUCCUGCAGCUGGUGCGCAGGUACAAGAAGCUCAAGGUGGAGAAGGAGGAGUUUGUGACGCUGAAGGCCCUGGCCCUGGCCAACUCAGACUCCAUGUACAUCGAGGACCUGGAGGCAGUCCAGAAGCUGCAGGACCUGCUGCACGAGGCGCUGCAGGACUACGAGCUGAGCCAGCGCCAUGAGGAGCCGCGGAGGACGGGCAAGUUGCUGCUGACGCUGCCCCUGCUUCGGCAGACGGCUGCCAAGGCCGUGCAGCACUUCUACAGCAUCAAACUGCAGGGCAAGGUGCCCAUGCACAAACUCUUCCUGGAGAUGCUGGAGGCCAAGGUCUGAGGGCCUGGCACGCGCGGACCGACUCCCGCCCGAGGACAGACAAACGGAUGGACCGACGCAGAGACCUCCACAGCCACCAGCCUCAACGUUCAAGUCCUGUAUCAUGGCCACGAGCAGUCCCAGAGAAAGGGACUUCGCCUCCCAGCUGUGUGCAGAGUCCUGGGUGCUGUGGGGCGGGGGAACGGGCAUGGGAGGGCAGGGUGCGGGCUCAUCUGUAACUGGCUUUUUCUUUGGUAUGUUUUUCCUAGCCACAGGCAGUGCUGAGGCCUGGGCCAGGGCUGACUCCCAAGUGGCUUGGGACCGCUGAGGAAAUGCCCCCUCUUCCCACCAAAUUACCAAGAGGCAGCACACACCUUUCCUAACCCCAUGCUGCCCCCCAUUCCUCUGCCCAUGGUGCAGGGGUGGGCAGUGCUCAGCGCCCAGGACUCUGGCACACUCAGGUGGGGUACCUGACGGAGGUUUUCCUUUCCCAGAUGGCAGGUGCUUUCUUCCAGAGCCCCUGCCUACUCUGGGGUUCUGUGGGGCCCCUCAAGAGGCCCUACACCUUCCACAGUCCAGAUGCUCUCUCCCUCCCUCCCUCCCACCUUCCUUUCUCUCAGCUCCCGGCCCAGGCUCACAUCAAGAGAGUAGUUGCCAGAGCGCAUGCGGUUUCCUGGGCCCCGCAUCCCUCUGUGCACCCCCACCUGCUCUGCUCUUCACUCGUGUGCCAGGGCCAGCCUGUCAUCCCCCCUCAUCUCCCAGGAGUCCUGCUAAUACUUCCUGCCGUACCUCCUGAGUUCUCUCCCGCAGUGGGCUCAGCCAGCCAAGAUGACCUCAGGGCCAUAGCUGGGGACUUGCCGGCUCCAAGAAGAGCAGGGUCCAGGAAGACUCCAGUGCCCCACUUCUGCUUGCUGCUUCCCCCCGCCCACCCCCAUCAUCCUUCCCCGCAGGUCCAGAGCAGGUGGGCCUGUGGGAAGUAGGGGAUAUGCAGUGGCCUGGCCCUGUCUGAGGGCACCCUGGCACUAAUUCUAGACUGGCAGUCCUGGAGGACCAGGGCAGGAUAGGGAGAGGCCCAAACCAAUCUUUGCUGAGCACAGAAAGGUCCAGAAGCAGAGAUGAACAGGCAGGGGAACCCUGAAGACAGGGCCUUAGUGGAGGUCACCAGCCUGCCUGAUCUUUCCUGGCAUCCAGGGCAGUGGGUACCAGGACGCCCCUCCCCCGCAUUCCAAAGGGCUGGAUGAGUCAGUGUCACAGGAGCGGUUGCUUCUGCCACCCUUGCUGCUCCUGCCACCCUUGGACUAAGGAGGUGUGGCCCAGCUCCCUGGGCACAUUGAGGCCCAGCUUUCUGAUGGGACACCCCCCAUCCCCUCCAGUCCUGGCUGUUAUGUAAGGUGACAGCCACCCCGGUUUGCCCAGGACUGGUUAUAGCACUGAAAGUUCCAUUUCCAAGGAAACCCCUCAGUCCUGGCCAAAUGGGGACAGUGGGUCAUGCAUGUCUGUGAGUGGCCAUGAAAGUCCAUUACAACACACUGGGGGAGGGGGACAGCCCUGAACAACCCAUCUGGUGCUCACAGGGCUGACUGACGGCAGCUUAGAGGAUCUCCCGAGGAUGAAGGGGCAUCGAGUGUGAUGGAAAAUGCUCCUUCCAAUCAGCUGCCCUCUAAAGCAGGGAUCAGACCAACCCCACCUGGGACACAUUCCUCGGGAAUCUACACCUGUUCUAACCCGACCUUUUUCCACCCCGAGAGGCAAGCAGAUCCCCCCGACCCGUCACUAGGACCAGGAGGCCAUGUGCCCUCUCCCACAACUCCCAGCUAUUCCCAGGGAAGUGGCUACUGCUGGCUCCACGUCUCCUCUCCCAGACACCGCUCCUCCUGAAGGUUCAUGCUGAGACAUGUUCAGGUCACCCUAGGCAGGAGGGUUCCCAGUGUCUGCUCUUGAAUAUCUUCACGUAGAAAAUGUCAGGGAUUUCAAGAGAUAUCACAGACCAGUGAGGUGUGCCCUCCUCCCUUUUGCCUGCAGGGACUUCAAGGCCACAGUCAGCACUGGGAUGAUCCGGGAUGCUUCAGCCCUAGCUCUUUGUGCAGUUUCCAAUCUGGGUGGAUGGAUGCAUAGGCACCUCUAAGGGACCAGGGAUAAAACCCAAGCCUAACUUAACCGUUAGGGGCCGUGCCCUGAAGUCUGGACCAGAGAGAUCACACAGUGAGAGAACUUGGGGUCCACUCUGCAGGAGCCUCCCCUAUUCUCUCAUUAUGCUAUGUGCUUGAGGAAGUGGGGGAAAAGGGUCGCAUCUCAUCAUCUGGGCACCUGGUUCUCUGCAGUGUGACUUCCUGCUCAAGCAUGAGGAUCCGAGCUGUCAGCCACGCCAGGGGCUUGUGCACAGCUGACCUUUGCAGUCCACCUUUUUCAGGAAAAGCACCUUCAGCUAACAGUGCAACUGGUUUGCAGUGAGUGGGUGUUCGGUACCCAGAAUAGCUUUGUCUCGCUGGAUCUAGGGCAGGUGACCCAGCAUUAGAGCCCAUUUACAGCAGGGAGGGGGCGGUGGUCCUGAUGGCUUGGUGCCAGUGAGAUGGAUGCUGCUACUUCUGCUGCUUU